AUGUCCCAAGACAUAUAUUCUUCAUGGUUUCAAAACACAGACUGCUGUAACUGGAUCGGAAUCACAUGUGAUGACAAAACCAACCGUAUUGUCGAAAUCAUCCUCUUUGUAGGUGAAAUCUCCGGCCAAAUUCCACCAUCUGUAGGUGACCUUUCUCAACUCAUAGGUUUAACUUUCAGGCACUUCAAAAAUAUCACUGGUUCAAUCCCACGAUCCAUCACAAAGUUAAAGCAUCUGGUAUUGCUGGAUCUCAGUGAUAUGAGUCUGUCAGGGCCGGUUCCCAACUUCCUUAACCAACUCACUCUUCUCAACAGACUCGUUCUCUCAGACAAUCAAUUCUCUGGUUCCAUUCCACCUAAUCUCUCAGACCUUAAAGAUAUUAGAAACAUUUAUCUCGACGGGAACAAACUCACAGGUUCGAUCCCGGAGUCUUUUGGGAAAUUCACCGGUACUGCACCUGCUCUUUACUUGGCUCGCAAUAAACUCACUGGUCCGAUUCCAAAAUCUUUAGGAGCUUUGCCAUAUCCCUAUAUUGACUUGUCAAGGAACAAACUUACAGGGGAUGCAUCCAUACUAAUUAAUCCCAACCAUGAUUUCACAACAUUCAUCGACUUGUCGAGGAACCAGUUUGAGUUUGAUCUAUCAAACGUAAAGUUUCCAAAGGAUUUAAAUUGGUUCGAUAUAUCACACAACAAAAUAUUUGGUGGAAUCCCUGAUGAGAUUAAGAAUUUGGAAAGUUUGAAUCAGUUGAAGGGUUUUACACACAUGGUUCCUUCAGCUUCUGGAAAUGAAAGCAUACAAGUGUUUGAAACAGUUGUUUACACAUGUAAUAUGAUAGAGUCAGACACAAUGAAAGCUGAUUGA